UAACCGUAUAUAUAGGAAGCCCGUUAGGAAAUAAGAAACCGUUGAAAACUUGGAUUAGGAUUAGGAUGAGUGCCAACGCUAACACGCGACUCCGACCGAGUCGAGGCUCCGAGUCGGACGAGUCAGGCAUUAUCAACGAGCGAGUGCUGGUUUUGAUCUUCGAGUCGAUCAAAUGGGACAUACAUACUCUGUGUUCGACUUCCUCAGUGAACCGGAAGCUACGGGCCAUAGCGAACCGGCUUCUCUGGCGCGAGCUCUGCGUUCAUCGCGCUCCGAGAAUGGUAUCCACAUUGGCCAGCGGGUCGACCAACAACCGGAUCGGCGGUGGAUGGCACGCGCUGGCGAAGCUCCUUUUCUUCUGCUGCGGGAGCGAGUCGACUCGGAAUUUCAAGCUGAGUCGGGACUUGCCGGGUCACUUCGUGAAGGCCUCGCGGUUUUCGAAAACUUCGGGUCGGAGUUUUCUGAGCAAGAAAUGCCGGGGCGAUUUGUUGUACGUUAGUGACCCGUGUGAGCACCCGAACCCGAGUGGCGGUGGCAAGGAAGAUGAUUUGGGGGUUUAUAGAGGGGUGUUUAAGGGAUUCUUGAAAUCGAGGACGAGAGCGUGUUUGAUCGGACGGCAGGUAGAGCUCGAGGAAAAGGUGAGGUGUCCUUAUUGUGGGGCCCCAGUGUGGAGCAUGACUUCGGCUCGGCUUGUUCCCAAAAGUGCGGCUCGGCGGCUCGGCUCACAUCACGGUGGAUUGGAGUACUUUGUCUGUGUUAAUGGGCAUUUGCAUGGUUCGUGCUGGCUCGUCCCUCUGUCGUCCGAUGAGGAUGAGGAUGAGGAUGAUCUUGAUCUUGAUCUUGAUGAUGACGUGGACGGUGACGAUGAGGAUGAAACUGGGGCCCAUGAGGUUGAUCACAUGGUGGUUAGUGGGAGUGCGAGUUCACGAGAGGAAUAUUAACUUCAGUUGCUUCCACGUGGCAGGGGGGGGCUUUGAAUUUGAUUUUGAUUCUGUGAUUUGGUGGGAAAUGAUGACAUGGAGAGAGUAGAUGAUUUGGAUUUUGGAGUUAGGUUGACGUGGAAUAUUGGGUUUUUAGGUUUUUUUUUUUUUGAGAAUUUUUUCCCGGUGUGCUACUUUUUUGGGUUACCUUAACUUUCUCAGAUCAAUAUAAAUGAGUUUCGGAUAUGGGCAAA